CCCCAACUGGUGAAUUGAGUGCUAGAACCACGAUCCUGAAUAAAACUCCAACUAAUGAACCAAACUUUGAAACUACAAUCCAAAAUGCACCUCUGACUAGUGAAUCUAGUGCCAAAAUUACAGCCCAACCUGAAACUCUAACUGAUGAAUCAGAUUGUACAUGGGUCAAAAGCAGUAGAAGAAGAAAAACAAUAACUACAAAACCUUACCUUAGAACAAAAGAACAUACAAAAGUUACUGAUCUUGCAAAAGAUGCAUUAAAACAAAAGCAAAAUAACAAUACUCCUGAUUCAUCCGCACUUUAA